AUGUUUCACCUCAACACUUUCCUCAAUCUUCCAUUAAGCUUUCUUCAUCUCAAGCAAAUCCACUGCUUACUCUUCACUUCUCCGAUCUUCUACACUCACCGUGAUCUCUUCCUCUCCCGUCUCCUCCGUCGCUGCACUGAAUUCCGCUACAAUCGUCGUCUACUAUGUCAAAUCCAAAGUCCAAGCAUUCAACUAUGGGAUUCGCUCGUCGGUCACUUCUCCGGUGGGAGUUCGCUCAACAAUCGUCGGUUAUGCUUUCUCGCUUAUGUUCAAUUGCUGCGAAACGGCGUUUUCCCUAGCCGCCACACGUUUCCACCGCUUCUCAAAGCGGUUUCUAGAUCCAGAGACGCGAAUCCGUUUCAGUUUCAUGCUCAUAUAGGGAAAUUAGGGUUUGAUUCGGAUCUUUUCGUGAGGAAUUCGUUGAUUUCGUGUUAUUCUAAUUCUGGGUUAUUCGAUUAUGGAUUUCGAGUUUUUGAUGGAACUGAAGAUAAAGACGUUGUUUCUUGGACGGCGAUGAUUGAUGGGUUUGUGAGAAACGAUAAUGCUUUAGAAGCAAUGGCUUGUUUCGUGGAGAUGAAGAAGACUGGAAUUGCUGCGAAUGAAAUGACUGUUGUUAGUGUCUUGAGCGCUGCGUCGAAAGCUGAAGACGUUCGAUUUGGGAGAAGCAUUCAUGGGUUUUACUUAGAGACAGGAAGAGUGAUGAAAUGUGAUGUGUUUAUAGGGAGUACUCUGGUUGAUAUGUAUGUAAAAUGUGGUUGUUAUGAUGAUGCACAGAAAGUGUUUGAUGAAAUGCCGAACCGAAAUGUGGUUACUUGGACCUCGUUGAUUGCUGGAUACGUGCAAGGUCGUUGCUUCGAGAAAGGACUGUCUGUUUUCGAAGAGAUGUUAAAGAGUGAUGUUAUGCCUAAUGUGAAGACUCUAAGUAGUGUUCUUUCAGCUUGCGCUCACUUAGGGGCACUUCAUCAAGGAAGAAGGGUGCAUUGUUAUAUGAUUAAGAAUUCGAUUGAGAUAAAUAAUACAAUGGGAACAACAUUGAUUGAUCUUUAUGCUAAGUGUGGGUUUUUAGAGGAAGCUAAAUUGGUUUUCGAGAGACUUCCUGAGGGAAAUGUGUAUACUUGGACUGCGAUGAUUAAUGGACUUGCAGCGCAGGGAUAUGCAAAAGACGCAUUUGAUCUCUUUCAGAACAUGUUAAAGAGUCAUGUUUUACCAAAUGAAGUUACUUUUAUCGCUGUCUUAAGCGCCUGUGCUCAUGGUGGACUCGUUGAAGAGGGUAAAAACCUUUUCAUGAGCAUGAAGGAACGUUUUAAUUUGGAGCCAAAUGUGGAUCACUAUGCAUGUAUGGUUGAUUUACUUGGAAGAAAAGGUUUGCUAGAAGAGGCAAAGGCUUUAAUAGAGAGAAUGCCAAUGGAGCCAACAUAUGCGGUAUGGGGAGCUUUGUUCGGGUCUUGUGUGAUACACAAGAACUACGAGUUAGGUAAAUAUGCAGCCUCCCGUGUGAUCAAACUGCAACCUAAUCACAGCGGGAGUUACACGCUCUUGGCUAACUUGCAUUCAGAAUACCGAAACUGGGAUGAAGUCGCUCGGGUAAGAAAGCAAAUGAAAGAUAAACAGAUGGUGAAGCCGCCGGGAUUUUGCUUGAUCGAAGUGAAAGGUAAGCUUCAUAAUUUCAUAUCUUUUGAUCACAAAAAACGUCACGAAUCUGAUGAUUUGUACAAGACUUUGGACAACAUUGGGAUGCAAAUGAGAUUUUGCCAUACGAAUUUCGAAGAUUUGAUCUUAUAA